AUGUCACUUGAAAAGAAGAUUCGUAACUUCCUCCAGGGACCAAGGAAGGGAGAGACGUUUGAGCUCAAAAACGGGCUCGUGUCUCAAUAUAAACAUGAGCGUAAGGACGCCAUUCAAAGAGUCAUCCAGGCUAUGACCGUUGGGAAGGAUGUUUCGGCAUUGUUCCCCGACGUGUUAAAGAACAUCGCCACUUACGACAUUGAACAGAAGAAAUUGGUCUACUUGUACUUGAUGAACUACGCUAAGACCCACCCAGAGUUGUGUAUUCUUGCGGUGAACACAUUCGUCCAGGAUACCGAAGAUCCCAACCCAUUGAUCCGUGCACUUGCCAUUAGAACAAUGGGGUGCAUCAGAGUACUGAAGAUGGUGGACUACAUGGAGAUCCCAUUGUCGCGUACCUUGAGCGAUGACAAUCCUUAUGUUCGUAAGACGGCGGCACUCUGUGUGGCCAAAUUGUUCGAUUUGAACCCGGAAAUGUGUAUUGAAUACGGGUUUUUGGAGAAUUUAAAGAAGCUUAUUAACGAUCUGAACCCAAUGGUUGUUGCCAAUGCAUUACUGGCGUUAUAUGAGAUCAGAGACAUGAAGGAACAUAUCCCAGGCUUUGAGGAUCUUGACGUGUUCACUACCAACGAGACGGUGAUCAAGAAUUUGCUCUUGUGCCUUAAUGAGUGCACUGAGUGGGGAAGAAUCACUAUUUUGACCACAUUGAACGACUAUCAAACCGACAACCAGGAAGAAUUGAUCCAUAUCAUCGAAAGAAUUGUACCUCAAUUACAACAUGUAAACCCAUCCGUGGUGCUUUCGUCGAUCAAGGCAAUAAUUCACCACUUGGAUGCCUUGAGAAACCAAGAGAUGAAGGAGUCCAUAUUGAGAAAAUUGAGUGCACCACUCGUUUCCUUAGUCUCGAACUCAAUUCCCGAAGCUCAAUAUGUUGGUUUAAAGAAUAUAAGAAUCAUUUUGGAAAAGUACCCUACGGUUCUUUCUAAGGAACUCCGUGUCUUCUUUAUUAAAUACAGUGAUCCAUUGUACUUGAAAUUAGAGAAAUUGGAGAUCAUGAUUCGCUUAUCCAAUGAUUUGAAUGUGAAGUUGCUCUUGGGAGAAUUAAAAGAAUAUGCCAUGGAAUUCGAACCAUCUUUAGUAUCCAAGGCAAUUAAAUGUAUUGGCUCUGUUGCCAUCAAGCUUCAACUGUGUACCGUGAAGUCAGUCAAUUUACUUUGCACUUUAAUCGAUCAAAGAGGUGGUGACCUUAUUAUCAAUGAGAGUUUAGGUGUUUUGAUAAAUAUCUUAAGGAGAUACCCAGGUAAGAACGAUUUAAUCACCUUGAUCGUGCCUGUUAUCUCCAACCACAUCAAUGGUAUUGAGGAUAAUAACGAUACUUUGUCAGGCUACAUCUGGUGUCUUGGAGAAUACCCCAAGUAUUUCCAAAAUACGGAAACAUUGGAAAAUUUAACUCUCUUUGUAGAUGACUUUUUAAAUUAUGAUUCCACAAUUCAGUUGAAUUUGUUGAACACUAUCGUUAAGAUUAACUUGACCAACAACAACACAUAUUCCAACUUGCUUCAAAAGGUUUUAGAAUUGGCUACACAGGGCUGUGAAAAUGCGGAUGUUAGAGACAAGGCAUAUAUUUAUUGGAGACUUUUAUCGUCUGACGAUACUGCUAGUCAACAGAAAAUCAUUCUGCAUAAGUUACCUCCAAUCAACACAACCAUUUCGAGUUUUAAUCCAAACGUGUUAGAACUGUUAAUCGAUGAAUUAUCCACAGUUAGUUCGGUGUACCAUAAACCAGCAUCUACUUUUAUAGACAAGAAUGCUUACACUAGGCCCAGCGGUGCAUCGAUUCCUGGUAGUAGCAAGGUAAAAGGUUCAUCAAACGGAGGAAAGGGAGGUAUUGAAGACUUGACGACAAUGGCUAAACAAGAGAUUAUAAAUAAUGCUAAAAAUGAAAACUUACUCGACUUUGACGAUGACGAAACGGAUGACACCUCCUCAUUCAAUGCUAACGGUGGAAGUAACGGUGGCAGAACCAGCGUUUUGGACGAUUUAAACGAUUUAUUCGCAGCUAUACCUCAACAGCAGCAAGAACAGCAGAAGCAGCAACCUUUGAAUAUACCUAAGGGUAGCAACAGUGAUAUAUUAAGUUUGUUUGACCAACAACCUGCCCUGUCAUCAAAUAAGCCUGCCAAUAAGCAAUCCGGAAAUGUUAACAAUGACUUGUUAGACUUAUUCUAG